AUGCUUAGUGGCAAGACUGCCUGCGCCGAAUGCCAUGCCACCUGGGCGCGGGGCAACUUCGACGGCGAAGGGGCGCUCGAGGAUGUCAUUCAGAAGUGCAGCACCGAGCCGCCCAGUGACCAGCUGUUCAACAAGGCCAACACCAUCAGGGUCCAGAAGCACCUCGGCGAGGAAGCGAUGGAGACUGAGCGGGGUGUUGGACGGGAGUCGCAUAAGCCCCGCAUCGUCGAGACACGGGGUGGCCACCUGAAGUCGGCCGUCGAAUCUGGGUCGGGGAAGAGCUUCAAGGAGCUGAGGCUGACGCAGACGCCGCUGCCUUCGGCUGACCUGCGGGCCGCGCGCCCCGGGGUGCUGACCAAGAGCGCGGGCGUCAAAUGCGAGUUGGUGAGACAGCGCGUCGCCUCGAAAGACACGUUCAACAUGUCCCACUCGAGCCAGAUGCACAGGGGCCAGGGCGCCAACGUUUUCAAGAAGGCCACGCAGCAGUGGACCUCUGCGUUCGUCAGGAGGCCGAGGAACACAACCAUCGGCGAUGGUCCAUCGCCGAGCUCGACCUGGGGGGUGGCGCUCCGCCGAGCGGCGGCGACAGUGACCCUGCAGGCGAUGGCCUGGGCGCAGAAGGCGAAGCGGGAGAGGGGGGGCAUGACCCAGAUGCGGUCCGUCAGGGCUGCCUCCGCCGCCGGGGCGUCGGCUCGGAGCCCUGAUCCGAAGAGGUCGCCUUCUGGCGGCAUGUCUGUCCUGCAGCGCGAGCCGGGGGGCGGCGGGCACGAGCGCUGCGGGGCCACGUGGGGCACGAGCGACGCCGAGGAGAAGGCAGCGCUCGAGAAUCUGGCGAUGCGCGACCCCGUCGAGGCCUUGAUGGACCAGCGCGCGAAGGUCAGCGAGAGGUGGGCCAGGGGGAAGCACAAGAAACGGGCUGACGCUGACCCCGGCGCUUCGAUUGCCACUCACAUCCAGAAGCGCCUCACGUUGAUGGCGCGGCGCAGGGCCGCUUCCCUCGACAGCCCCACAUCCUGCGGCAAUCGGGGGGAGCGCGCCCAGGACAUCAAGGCAGCGGUCAUGGCGAAGGUCGAGUUCCCGAUCGCUCGGCAGGUCGCAGUUGUUUAUCGCGCGCUGGAAGACAUCUCCCGGCAUGCGAUCGUCGGUUCACCCGAUGAGGUUGUGUCUCGCUGGCGGGGCGCGUUCAGCGGGAUCCUGAGGGCGUCGGUCAGGCUUGCAGAGGGGGGGCCGAACUCGCAGGCCGUCGCCGCGGCCGUCCAGCUAGAGGAUGUUCUCGUAGACCUCGACGUCUGCUCUGACCCCUCGCACCGCAGCUGCCCCCAGAAGCCCCCUCAGCCAAUCAGGUGCCUCAUCUGUGUCUUCGAUUGCUCGCGCUUGGAGUUCUACGACGACGCGGCCGACGCGCUGAGGGCUGCGAGGGCGGGUGGCCUCGCGGUCAACGAUGCGAGGCGCGCCGUGGCCGACGCCAUGGAUAAGCCCCCCGCCUACACCGCCAGGCUCGAAGAUAUCGAGAAGGGUUCCAGAGCAGCCCAGCAGCACUCCGAACCCAUUAUAGAUAUGUGCGAGGCCAUUGCAGACGAGACAAAGACCCACCCGCCGCAGCAGCUUUCGGAGUGGCUGGACAUGCUGAUGAACCCUGACAUCGGCCGCCCUGAGAAACUCAAGACGCGCCCGCGCUUCUUGAGUUUGAGUCAAGACGCUUGA